AUGCAGCCCCUCCUGCUGGCUGCGCUGCUGUGCGGCCUGGCGGCCCCCUCCGCCGGCCAGAAGAACGGCCUGCCCUCCGACCGCCCUCUCAACAUCGCCCACCGCGGCGCCAGCGGCGAGCUGCCCGAGCACACCAAGGAGGCCUACAGCCGCGCCAUUGAGCAGGGCGCGGACUUCAUCGAAUGCGACGUCGUCCUUACCAAGGACCUGGUCCCCAUCUGCCGGCAUGAGCCUGACCUCAACGACACCACCGACGCCUUCGCUAAGUUCCCCAACCUCCUGACGACCUACAUCAUCGACGGCGAGGAGUUCGAGGGCAUCUUCUCGACGGACAUGACGCUCGAGGAGGUCAAGACGCUGCGCGCGGUGCAGAGCCGCGAGUACCGCGACCCCAACUUCGACGGCAUGUUCGAGGUGCCCACCCUGGCCGAGUACAUCGACAUCGCGCUGGCGGCGGACCGCGUGAUCGGCAUCUACCCCGAGACCAAGCACCCGUCGUGGCACAACAGCCUGGACAUAAUGCCGGAGGGGACGCGCAUGUCGGACAUCGUCCUCGGUGUGCUGAGCGACAAGGGCUACGGCGGAGACGUCGAGAGCGACACUUGGGCUGCCCAGCCCGUGUACAUCCAGUCCUUCGAGGUGGGCAACCUGAAGUACCUGUCGAACAUCACCGACAUCCCGCUGGUGCAGCUGCUGGGCGGCUGGGAGGGCUACGUCACUCCCGACACCAACCAGACGCACCAGGCGAUCACGACCGACGAAGGGCUGGACGACAUCGCGUCCUACGCGUCGGGCGUCGGCCCAUGGAAGGACACCAUCAUCGCCACCACGGCCGACGGGUACUCGGAUGUGGAGGGCGCGACGGAUCUGGUGCAGAGGCUGCACGACCGCGGCCUGCAGGUGCACCCCUACACCUUCAGGAAUGAGGACAGGUUCCUGAGCUGGACCUGGGGCCAGGACUACGCACGGGAAUACACGGAGUUCAUCGAUAACCAGGACAUUGACGGGCUCUUCACCGACUUCCCUGGAUCGCUGGCCAAAUACUUCGUGAACAAGGCCAACUAA